AACGCAUUAAAAACACAAAGGGAAUUUAGUGUAAAUUUCCUUUCUCCCAAGUUGAACACCCCAUAUCUGAAACCAGAUAAAACCCUAGCUCUUCAAUUUCCAACACCAGCCAUACAAGUGUCAAACAAACUCAGAUCGAUUUCUUCCAUGCAUGUUGGUUCAUGUUCCACAAAACCCUAAUUAAUUAACACCCUUUUUUAGCUUCUUUAGUUGGAUACUUUUUUUUUUUUUUUCAUAAAAAAAUAAAACCCAUGAAAACUGAGGUAAGAGGAAACGGUGGAUCAGUUUCCCUUCAAAACCCUAGUCUUUUCAACACCCCACUGGAUCCCAUAACCGGAGCACUCAAAGGGUGCCUUGGUAGCCUCGAUGGAGCAUGCAUAGAGAAGCUUCUACUUCACUGCGCCAGUGCCCUCGAGAACAACGACGUGACUUUGGCUCAGCAAGUCAUGUGGGUGCUCAACAACGUCGCUUCCACCGUCGGCGACACCAACCAGAGGCUCACCGCUUGGUUCUUAAGAGCCCUCAUCUCUAGAGCGUCUAGGGUUUGUCCCACGAGCAUGAAUUUCAACGGCGGGAGCAUGUUCCAGAGGAGGCUAAUGACUGUUACCGAGCUAGUCGGGUACGUUGAUUUAAUCCCUUGGCACCGUUUUGGGUUUUGUGCAUCCAACGGUGCCAUUUUUAAGGCGGUCGAAGGGUACGGCAAAGUUCACAUAUUGGAUUUUAGCAUCACUCAUUGUAUGCAGUGGCCGACCCUAAUCGACGCCUUGGCUAAGAGGCCUGAAGGCCCACCGUCGCUCCGUAUCACGGUGCCCUCUUGCAGGCCACAAGUUCCCCCUUUGCUCAACGUGUCGAAAGAGGAAGUGGGUCACCGUUUGGCCAAUUUCGCUAAGUUUAGGGACGUGCCUUUUGAAUUCCAUGUCAAAGAUGAUGACCCUUGUUUGUCCAAUGAAACGUUUGCUACUCAGUUUGAAUCACUGUUGACUCAGUUGACUCGUUCCCAGCUAGACCUUAGGGAUGAUGAGGCUUUGGUGAUAAACUGUCAAAAUUGGCUACGGUAUUUAUCUGACGAAACAAAAGGGAAUACCACCACCGUGCGAGAUGCUUUCCUCGACGUGAUUAAAGGCCUUAAUCCUCGUAUUAUAGUUGUGGUCGACGAGGAUUGUGAUUUAAGCGCAUCGAGCCUUAGUUCGAGGAUCACAACAUGCUUCAAUUACCUUUGGAUACCCUUUGAUGCAUUGGAGACUUUCUUGCCCAAAGAUAGUCGCCAAAGGCUAGAAUACGAAUCCGAUAUCGGUCACAAGAUUGAGAACAUCGUGGGUUUCGAAGGGUUUCGAAGGACGGAGAGGCUAGAAUCCGGUGUGAAAUUGUCGCAGAGGAUUAACGAUGCCGGAUUCGUUAGCCUCCCGUUCUGCGAAGACACCAUUAACGAAGUUAAGUCCCUGCUUGAUGAACAUGCUAGUGGAUGGGGUAUGAAAAGAGAGGAAGAUAUGUUGGUCCUCACAUGGAAAGGUCACAACUCGGUUUUCGCCACGGCAUGGACCGAGUUGGAGGAUUGAAAACAUGUGUGGACUGCAUUUGUCUUGAAGCUGCUGCAUUAUUAAGUAAAGCUUAUUUGGGGGCUACAAUGUAACCGGGGGGGGAGGGGGGAUUGAGUGAGGGAUUGUCAGUGGUCCAAGUUGAACCAACAGAGACAAAACAGGGUGCUGUUUCACUUCGAAAGGCUGCAAAUGGGGCGUAAGACAAAAAGGAAAAAAAAGAGAGCAGAAUUUUGAGGAUAAAAAUCAUGUUUUCAUACCAUUAAUACUAUCCCAUCUUUAUAGUUUAAGGCAAUUUUAGAUUGCUUUUUGUAUUUUGGUUCAGCAUGAGAUCAAACAGCAAGGAGAGAAAAUGUACAUAUAUAAAAUUGUCUUUGUCUGAGGCAAAAGAACCGCUCCCCUCUUUGUUUAAUAUAAGAUCACAUUUGAUGAUGCA